UAAAUAAUAAACUAGCUAAAAUAUUAGAUAAAAUAGUAGUUUUUAAACAAUAUUAUUAUACUUACUAAAAACUAAAGACUAGCUAAUAAUAAUAAGCUAAAAGUCUAAGGGUCAUUUCCACCCUUAUAUAAUAACAGACUGGCUUAAUCUUUAAGCUAAUGCUAAAAGGUUUGAGAGACGUUUUCAGCAUUUCUUAGUAGUUUGGCUAAAUACUUUAGCUAAUUCUAACAUUUUUACACUUUUGCCUAGAAAAGUAACAGAUUUAUUGAGGAUUGUAGUUAAAUAAAUAAAAAACAGGUAUGUGAGAGGUUAUAACUCCUUUUAAUAGUAAUAAUAGACUAUCUAAGAUUUUACAUAAACAGGUUUAAAAAUAUCUUCCCAUUUGAUAAUAGUAUUAAUGUACUAACUAAAGACUAGCUAAUAAUAAAAAGUCUGAGGGACAAUUCCGCCCUUUAUAAUAACAGACUGACUUAAUCUUUAAGCUAAUGCUAACAGGUUUAAGAGACAAUUUUACAAUUUCUUAAAUACUGAUGUAAUGGGCUCCCAUAUUAAGUGCAUUACGGUAGGGGCGCUACUGCGUCUAUUACGGUAGCUGAGGGCUGUAGCGUAAGCUAGGAAUGGCGGCAGCCAGUGGGUCAGUAGUGUGUAUGUACUCGGCCAUGCUGCGUGGGCUCUGGGAACACUAAAACUCAGAGGGAAACACUCUAUUGUGCUGGGGAUUGCUGGCCACUGAGGGGAGCUGUGGCUGCAUUUAAAGGGUUAGUAUUCAGUAUGAGUUUAAAGGGGGAAAUUCUGAGCAUGUAUGCUUAAUGGUGUAUUAUGUGAUCUGUAGGUGCUGAUUUUGGUGGAUAACUUUGGUGUGGAGCCCACAUGAGAUUCUUAUGGUUGUCAUGGUUGCUGUAUAUGAAUUGAGUGGUCUCCUGUUCCAACUUUCUCCUGCUCAUGUUGCUGACUUUUCCACCUGGUUUAAUUGAAUUGAAUUUACCUUCAUGAAUACACACGAUCAGAAGCUGCUGAACGAGGGGAAGAACAUGGCAUCUACAGAAUUCUCCAGUAAUCAGCGAUCAUCCUCUCCUUCACCAUGUGGACAAAUGCAGAAAAGUCUAGACGAAAAGACAACUCACCACUGUUCAGACUGUGGGAAGAAUUUUUCUUCAGGGAGUUAUCUCAAAACACACAAACUCAUUCACACUGGAGAGAAACCGUUUCACUGUCCAGAGUGUGAGAAGAGUUUUAAUCGCCAGACUUCACUUCAGCAACAUCUGCGCAUUCACACAGGAGAGAAACCGUAUUACUGCUUAGACUGUGGAAAGACUUUUACUCUACAGAGUAGUCUACAGCUACACCGGCGCGUUCACACUGGAGAGAAACCGUAUCAAUGUCCAGACUGUGGACAGAAUUUUACUACAAGGACAAAUCUCAAAAGACACCAGCGCGUUCACACUGCAGACAAACCGUACCAGUGCCCAGAUUGUGGGCAAAGUUUUAAACUUCAGGGUACGCUCCAGCAACAUCGGCGCAUUCACACUGGAGAGAAACCAUAUCACUGCUUAUUCUGCGAGAGAAGUUUUAUUCAUCUGCGUACGCUCCAAGAUCACCAGCGAGUUCACACUGGGGAAAAACCUUAUCAGUGUCCGGACUGUGGGAAGAGUUUUAAACGUCUGGGUACUCUCCAACAACAUCGGCGCGUUCACACUGGAGAGAAACCGUUUCAUUGCCAAGACUGUGGUCAGAAUUUUACUCGUCAGGCUACACUCCAAGAACACCGGCGCAUUCACACCGGAGAAAAACCAUAUCACUGCUCAGACUGUGGAGAAAGUUUUAUUAAAAUGUCAAAUCUCAAAAUACACCAGCAGGUUCACACCGGAGAGAAACCGUAUCAUUGUUCAGAUUGCGGGAGGAGUUUUAAUCAUCAGAGUACGCUCCAGGAACACCAGCGCAUUCACACUGGAGAAAAACCGUAUCACUGCUCGGAGUGUGGCAAGAGUUUUACUCAACAUAGUAAUCUCCAACAACACCAGCGCAUUCACACUGGAGAGAAACCAUAUCACUGUCCAGAAUGUGGGAAGAGUUUUAAUCGCUUGGCUAACUUCAGCCAACAUCAGCGCAUUCACACUGGAGAGAAACCGUAUUGCUGCUCAGAAUGUGGAAGGAACUUCAGGCACUUAAAGACACUAAAGAGUCACAAGUGUGUCACGAACAGUCUGGAAUUGGGAAGCGAGCCUCAAAAACAAGUUUCUGAAACAUAUUUAUAAAAACAUGUGAAUUUUAUUGUAAAGAAAAAGUCUUUCUAAUUCAGAUUCUAAAGUAAAGUGAAGUGAAUCAAAUCAGAUUUUUUUUGCUCAAUGUGGCUCAGAUCUGAUUUUUUCAUGGCUGUGUGAACGUGCCAAAUCCGUUUUUUUUUUUUUUUUUUUUUUUUCAAAUCAGAUUUGAGUCACUUUCAUAUGCAUCAUGAAUGUAAACUAGGGUUGCAACGGUAUGAGAUUUUCACGGUAUGAUAACCGUCUCAGAAAAUACCGCGGUAUCACGGUUAUCACGGUAUCACAGUUUGUUACAUAUAUUAUUAAACUGACCCUUAAAGAAAUUACAACAAAGGUUUUUUGUUCAAUUAACUAUUUAUUGUAGAAACCUGGAACAACUAUAUAGAUAAUGUCUCCUUAAAAAAAUAAA